UCGGUAGAAUCGCUGAAACUACAGCAACCGGCAAGCUGAGCAGCUGUGAAACUGAGCGACGAAGUGGCCGAACUAGCGAGUGACACACUUGGAUACGCUAUACGCUGACAGUUAAACAAACCGUCGCAAUCCCAAACCGACCAGUGAAAACUUGGAGUAUGCCACACACAGGGCAAGCUGGUGUUAAUCAACUGGGUGGCGUUUUUGUCAAUGGGCGACCACUACCAGAUUAUGUACGCAGAAGAAUUGUGGAACUCGCGCUUUGUGGUGUUCGCCCUUGUGAUAUAUCACGUCAAUUAUUGGUUUCACAUGGUUGUGUUUCCAAGAUAUUAACUCGUUUUUAUGAAACUGGAUCUAUACGUCCUGGAUCAAUCGGAGGCAGUAAAACUAAGCAAGUUGCCACGCCCACUGUCGUCAAGAAAAUCAUACGCCUCAAGGAAGAAAACAGCAGCAUGUUUGCUUGGGAAAUUCGCGAACAACUCCAACAGCAGCGCAUUUGUGAUCCUAGCUCUGUACCAUCUAUUAGUUCCAUAAAUCGUAUUUUACGCAAUAGUGGACUUUGCACGGAUGAGAUGACCAGUCAGCAAAGUGCCGCUGCGGCGGCUGCUAAUCAAAUGUGCUCAGCAGCAUAUGUAAAUCCUGCUCAUAUAUAUGUGAAUGCAACUAGUAAGUCAACAGCGGCUAGUGAAACUGCAACUACUGGACAUCUUCAAAUUACAACACUACCUACACAUCCUGCCACAAUACCAACACAUUUGUCUCCUCAAACACAUCCACACAGCAUGAGUUUGCCGCCGCAUUUUCGUUACAACUCUGCGGUUAAUAAUUCUGUUCUACUGGGCGAUCAUGGAAAAACAGUUGCUGAUAUGCCCAUCAAACCAGCACCAAAGCUAGCAGCUUCGUUAUCAUGUAGCAGUGCCGCUUUGGCUGCAUCCACAUCCACGGCUGUUUCAGGACAAUUGCAUGCGCAAGAUCUUAGUUAUUCGACAUUCCCAAAAAAUUGGCUAUGGAACUCUUCUUUGUUUUAUUACACCCAAGUGCAGGCUGCAGGUCAAUUCUUACCAUACUCACAUCCACAAAAUGCGAGCUUCUUUGGCACAAAAUCUGAAAGUUCUAUAGAUUUGACAUCGCCCAGCGGUGCCGAUACACUUAGCGACUGUGAUUCUGGUAAAUCAUCGCCAGCAACAUCGCUUAAAAGUUCUCACACAAGCUCUGAAUCAGUUCCAACAAAUAUCACAAAUUAUCGUAAACGCAAUCCCUAUUCCAUUGAAGAACUGCUUAAACCCGAAAAGCGACAAAAACUUGAGUUAGAAAAUAAAAAGCAAUUAAAUGUGGAUGACUUGAGUAUGAAAAAAGAAGACGAGGUUUGCGGCAACAGUUCGGUUUCAAGCGGUAGCAGUUCAUGUGGUGAUAGUUGCGACGGCGUGCGCCCAUCAACUGAGGAACCAAAUGAAACUGCGGAUUGUUGUGAAAACUUGGAAGUUGUACACUAAGAAAAUUUUGUAAAAUAAUAUUGAGCGGAUAUCAUAGUAUUUUUGUUAUAAAUAUUUCGGCCUCAUUUUUAAGUCCUUCGAAAAGAGUUUAAAACAAAACAGAGGCUAUAGGACAAGUUGAAUA